AUACACCUACCAUAUACACACACAUACACCAACACAGACGCAGCACGCUGCUGCUCUGAGAGAACCGCAGAAACGGACGAAGCUCCCGAUCCAUAGUGUCUCUGUUUCGUCGUCGUGCCCCGUUCGUUUACGUUAGAUUUUUUUUUGGCGAGUUCGGAGACGCGCGGAUUUCGCCCCUACAAUUUAUAGUGACAUAGAAGAAUCCAGUGUGAGGGAACGUAAAGAGUGCCGUUUUGUGUUAAGGGCCCCCGCGAACAGGAAGGCGCGUUCACACCGAAAUGGCUGCCGAGACGGCGGUCUCUUUAAUAAAAUCCCCUGUGCAAGACGCAACCCACAUCACACAGUUGCGGAGUUAACUCUCUUUUGACCGGCGGACAUCAACAACAACGUGGAAGAAAUACAAUUUAUUAAACAGAAUUAUAGGAAAACUAAAAAUCAGCUGUGGUGUGUGUUUUUAAGAAAAAAAAUUGUUUUCAAUUUUCAACAACCAACACAACCCAAUAACCCAUUUCAUUUCUUUGUUUUUAUAUGGUUCUUCUGGAAUACUCAAUCAACUAAGGUAUGAUUCAAGGACAACGAAGGAGUUGUUCAUCAAUACAAAAGAAAACAAAACGAUCCAGAUGAAUCCUUAUUGGCAUGAGUUGAGGAUUAUUUGAAGUGUGGCGACGAUGACGGACCUCGGUGAACAACCCUGGUUCGGCCGUUAGAGUUACGGCCACAUGGCACACCAUGGAGGGCCAGAGACGUUGCCACGCGCUCAUCGCGCGCGGGCGCCGGCCGUGAGCGUCGCGACGCCCGCGACGACGACGACGACGACCCCCUUGGCCCCGUUCCAACAGCAACAGCGCCCCAAUCAAGUUGGAGGAGGGCCGACGACGACCGUAGUCACCCUGCAAACGCCUCGACCAGAAUCUGAUCGAAAGGGAAACGAAUAUGUCGACAACCCUUUACCGUUCUUACCGGCAACACACCACCAACAUCAAACCAAUCAAAAUUUCCACCACCACCAGCUCCAUCAAAAUCAUCAGAUCCAGCAGCAGAAUAACAAUUCGAGACGUCCGCCCCAUUUGCAUCUAUCGGACGCGACAUCAAGGAGGCCACCUCCGCCGCCGGUGCCAACGAUUUCAAAACAACCGACGAGGUCUUUUAGGAAAGAAGUCGUUGGGCAGUCGGAACUUCAUCUUCAGCAACAUCAGCAGCAGCAACAACAACAGCCGGUAUGCGCGUCGCGACGUUCGAUUAUGUGCGAUGAGUGCGGAAGGUGCAGGUGUUUCGAUUGCCAACAACCACCCCGUUUACCGAUUUGCUGGUUGUGCAACAAUCACUGUUUGUGUUCCGCGGACGCAGCAGUCGACUACGCGUCGUGCUUAUGUUGCGUUAAGGGUGUUUAUUAUCACUGUUCGGAUUCGGACAGUGGAGGAGAUUCAACGUGCGCGGACGAUCCGUGCGGUUGCGGCCCUGAAAGAAGGGCGGCAAGAUGGGGCUGUUUGGCGGUGCUUUCGGUCGUCUUACCGUGUCUAUGGCUUUACUGGCCAUUACAAGGGUGUAAAAGCGCGGUGGAAAACUGCUACUCAAGGUACACGAAGCAAGGGUGCAGGUGCAGGCCACCCCUUAACACACCGGAAAAGCGACUGCUCGAUAGCAGCCCGGACUUUUAAAAAACCGCUACCACCAAAUCUACUACUAUUACAACAACAAGAACAAUCCCCCGCCCCCCAAUAACGUUAUUAUUAUUAUUAUUUUAUUUUAUUAUUUUAUAAUUACCACCGACACCAACGUUUUUAUUAUUUUUUUUUUGUUUCGCUAUUUAUUUCCCCCGAGACUUUGUAAAUAGGACUACGACGACGACGACGACAACAACGUUUAAAACGAUGACUUCGACGAUUUUAAAGACGAAAGAGUGUAAAGGAGACGAUGUGUAUAUUCCGCGGUUUAGUGGGCUGCGAUUCGUCGCGACGCCGAAGGAACGGUGAAGGACGCUGUGUUAUUUUUAUUUAAUCGGUCGGCUGCGACGGAAGCCCUGCAGUAUUAUCUAGUCCUCAGUACCAGAAUUUUCCUUUUGACUUAUCUACUUUUAUUUCAACAAUUUAAAUAAGAAUAAAGAAUGAAGUUUUUUAAAACGUUAUAAACAACUUUGUUAUGUUUAUACAUGAUGAUAGAGAAAAUGUAUUUUUUGAAAAAUGUACAAGUUUUAGUAUCAAAUUUCAUUAUAAAACAAGUUUGUGAUAAUUAUUUUGAUUCAACAUCCUGGGACACUAGUAGAGUAAUAAAUAAGGGAAGCACUCAAUCAUAUAGUUAUCGUUUAUCAAGUUAAUCGAGCUUUAACAUUGAUCGGUUAAGCCACUGUUAGCGAUCUGUCAAGUUAACUUUACUCAAGUAGUUUAGUAAUCAAGAUAGAACUACUUAAACAUAGAGGUUUAGUGCAAUUUGAUGGAAAUGAACUUUAUAGAAAAAUAGAGCAUAUGAUUCUUUGUUGGAAAUAAGGUUAAUUUAUAUAUACAUAAGUAUACACAUUCACAUUCAAAAGUAGCAAAAAGAUCUUGAUUUAAUUUUUUUUAAAUAACUAUAUGUUGUAUAAUUUGAUUGCCAUAAAUUUUUAUUAAGAACUUUUCACUAAGAGUGAUGAUCAUUAUUGAAAAAAAUGCAAGAAAAAUGUAUACAAAAAGAACAUAAACACAGAAAAUCAUCAUGCCACUAGUUUAACACGCAUCACAUCAAAACCAGAGGGAAAUUAUGAAGCAGAUUAAAAGAUAAUUCUUCAGGAACUAUAAUAAUGUGGGCAAUAAAUUCUUUAACAGUUUCCAGAAGGAUAUUUUGGUUUUGAUAAAUCUUGCUAUAAUUUAGCCAAUUAAUGAAGUACACCAUGUUUGAACAUUUUCCAUCACACCUUUGUGCUCCUAGACGCGAGAGUACAUCGCAAAUUGAACGUCAGCAGGUUAUUCAAUACGUUGUUGUCAUUUGCCUUUCUUUAUUUUGGAAAUAUUAACAACAUAAGCCUUUAUACUACUCCAGCAAUCAAUAAUGAUAGGUUUCUUUCUCAUCAUUUGCUUUUCAUUACCUUGGCCUGGCAAAAAUUACAUUUUAAAUCUAAUGUUUCAAAAUCAGGUUUUCUCUUUGUAGUCAUCAAGUAAUAACAAUCAACAAAGGCUUUUUUUUAUUACUGCAGCAAUGAAUAAAGAUUGCUUUCUUUGCCACCACAGAAUUUUUGUCCAUUUUGACAAUACUCAAACUUUUUUAUAUUUAAGCAUAAAUUGAUUUCGUUAUCUAAGCAAAUUCUGCAACAAUUCUGCUGUCAAUUUCUGUCUUAAUAAGUUACACUCCGGAUUUCAAAGAUCCAGAGAGAAAGACUCCAGAUUUUCCAAAAUAAACAAAUUCCAUUUCUCGAAUUGGUACUAAAGCAUCAUUUCGAAAUCUUUCAACUCUUGUAGCUUUAUCAUUGAACCUAAGAUAGUCUAAAAGAAACAUGAAUCAAUGAUGCCGAUAAUAUUUUUGAAAAGAUGUUUUGCAGUAAAUUGCCUUUCAUUUUAAAAAAACAGAAAUAACUUUGUUGCUGUUAUCGGAUUUGCAAUUACUUUGUGCAUGCCUUCAAAUUUCUGCAACAGCUCUUAUUAUUCUAGCUUUCCACCUAAAUAUUAUUUUUAUGCACUUCAAUCCUACCCAACCUAAUAUCUCUAUGUAAUGAGAAGGGUUUAUGUGCAUAAUAUGUAACAGUUGUGUUAAUUUCAAGUAUCACGACAAACGCCAUCUGCGGAACAUAAAUAUCGAAUGAAGAUUCGUUUCAUUUUUGGGCAUCUGUGAAGAUCUUUCCCAGUUUAUUCCAGUUUAUGGCACUUCUCUAACGACUAUGUUUAUCAUAAAAUGAGAUGUUUCACGAUGAGGCUAAUUUUUAGCAACUACAAAUGUACUCUCAAAACCGGUUUCGGGUUAUCCACCCAUCAUCAGGCUAUUUAAACAUUAAAGUAUACCUUGAAAGAAGUUUCCGAUAUACUCAAUAAGUAUUGUAGUGUUAAACCUCAAUUUUCUUUCAAGGUUGAUGACAACAAUAAUAAAAUUGAUGAACAUUUUUCAAAAUUUUUGAAACGAAAUAAAAUUGACCUGCAUUUUCAACAAAGAAUAAAGUUUUGAAUAUUAGAUUGAACUCCUAGUUUGUAAACAAUUUCGAACUAAUUUGCUUUUUUUAGAUUCCAAUGGAGAUAUUAACCUUGGGAGUCUAUCUAGAUUUAACUCAACUACUUAGAGUAGUUGAAAACAGAUUUAUUUGAAAUUGAGAGAAUAAUUUUAAUCAAUCAUUUCUGUUAUUAUAGUUUUAAUCAUUCAUUUUCAAACAGAUCUAAUUUUACCUGCUUCCUUUUAAAAUAUUUAUUGCUCAUUUAAUUCAUUAAUAGAUUUAAACUGAAAAAUAUUUUUCUCAAUCUGUUAUAACUCAAUAGUCGUUCUCUGAGAGGGGUCAGGGAUAUACUAAUUUUCUCUAACAUCAUGUAUAAACAAUGAAAUGAAUUAUAAAUAAGUUGACCUCCAGAAAGUGAAAGAAAAAUACGUGUUUUUAAAAACUUGAUAAAUCGAACAUC